GUUUUUUUAACAUCAUUGCUGUAUUUUAUUUCAAAUAAGUUAUUCGCCCUUCAGCCCACGCUCGGAUAAUACAGUAGCUGACACAUUAUCAGCAAUAUACUUUUACAGUUUGAAGGUGAAAUGUAAUGGACACAUUUCAUAGAAGUGUUGUUUUCGUGUAAAAGAUGUAAAGCUGAAAAUAUUUCUAUCUUAACGGAUCACUUUCUCCUGGUUGAGAUUAAAAGGCACUUCGAAUAAGCGGAAGCGGUCUGUUUCAUCWGUCUUUUGCCGAAGAGUGCAGGAGUCAUUUGAAUUCACGGAUAUUGUCCACCACAAUUCAUUGAUUCUAACGCAUUUUUUAAUGCUCAGAAAUUAGAGUUGGAACAUUACCGGAAUGCAUUAGGAAUAUAUGUACCGGCCGCUGAGCUCUGCUACCUAAAAAGGGACUCAUCCGGUAGAAUUGUAUAAAACUAUUGCACGAAAAUACUUCGAUAAACUAUUGAUUACAACUCAAGCAAGCAGAAGCGAACAGCGGUAACCCGUACUCGCUGUAUGAAAAAGGACUGGAAUUUGAGUGACUUUGCCGUCUGGCUUUAUUCGCGCCUUUGGCGAGAUUUUCAAGGGAGAUCAUCUUGACCAAAGCUGGUUUUAGAAGCAAGGAAAUACCUCCUUCAGCUUGUCACUUUCAACACGACUGGUGAACGCCUCUCGUCUAUUCGACUGAAAAUAAUACUUGGAAUAAUCAUUUUUCUUUCUGCUAAUAGCUUUCCUCUCUGAAGUUCCUCCACAAUUUAUCGACAUUUUUUUCCGUUCAAAAUGGCAACAUCAUCAAUCAACAUUUCUAUAGGUUUACUAAAUGAUGAUCCAGAAUCUUUAACCAGUCGCAGCCUUAAACUAACUUUUUAUGCCAUCAUAUUUGUGACGAGUGUUGUUGGGAAUACCUUAGUUUGUCUUGUGGUGUGUCGACAACAGCGUCUACGAACCUCUACAAAUUAUUACAUUGUGAACCUCGCAUGUGCAGAUCUGGCAGUAACUGUUAUAUGCAUCCCCUUCGAUGUUAUACUCCAGGAGAAUGGUUAUGUGUGGCCCUUUGGGCAAUUCUUAUGCCGCAUUUUGUAUCCUCUCAUGACUAUGUCUACGUUUGCUUSCGUAGGAACACUCACUGCUAUAGCAUUGAAUCGCUAUAACGCUGUUUCUAGAGCAAUGAGGGUUCGUGCGARCAAGAAAGUUGCUAAAAUUGCCAUUGCGGUUAUUUGGGUGUUCUCGUUUUUAGCAGUGUUACCAUAUAUCCUCGUUUUGAACGUCAACGAAGACUCGGUAUGUGUGGAGAUUUGGUCAUCAAUCUGGCGAAAGACUUACACCGUUUUUAUCUUUGUUUUCCAAUACAUGAUACCUCUGACUAUAAUUACUAUUGCCUACAUUAUGAUUGCAAUUUUGCUGCACAAAAAUCGUUCCAACCUGACGGCUGCYCACCGAAGACAAGACAAAGACGUCGCUAAAGUAUCUAGAAUGAUGGUUGUCGUGGUCGUUAUAUUUGCCGUCACUCUACUACCCAAUCAUAUUCUAUGGCUACAAGAAGAGUUUGGUGACACUAAUGGCGACCAAACGAGGCGUCCUUUUCUACAUUGGGGUGCAUUACUCAUCUAUGCAAAUAGCUGCACCAACCCUAUAGUCUACAGCAUCUGCAUUGAGGAGUUCCGCAUGGCUUUUAAAGCCUACAUCACUAAAUGCUGCAGGGUGACAGAUGAGGACAUUAGGCCAGUCAACAGAAUGUUUGAAAGAAUAUCCUUCAGGGGCAAAUCUUUUUCCACCGACCGUUUAGUGAGCAGGCAGAUAUCAAGACGCGGAAUCAAGACCGCAACCAGUAGCUUUGAGGAUGAAAAACGAGGAAAAUUACUCAAACAUAUAGCUAGUCAAACGAACUUUCGAGACAGCGAACUGCCUCCAGUUUUAUCAGAACUUAAAUGGCACAGCGCUUUGAGUGAUAAAGGACUUGCCGGUGGAAGACGAGAAAAUAAAAACGAGAAAAAGAAGGCUUUUAGGAAGGUUAGCAACAGCACCACACACAAGACUACGAGAGUUUAAGAUUAGUUUAUUAGUUUAAAUUUAUCAAGUGAAAACCUUAAUGGCAAAAAGCAAGACAGAGAUAAAGUGACGUUAUAUCUUUUGGUAAGRACAAUUAUUAGCUUGAUCGAUCGGCUGCAAGUGGCUAAAAAUUUUCUGGUUUUUGACGGAAGAUAGAAAUCUCCACACAUUGAUAAAUGAAAAAUAUCUUUUCACUCUUUGCUCAUUCUGAGAMAAGACGACCUACACGGCUUACUGAAAUAAUGUACUUGGAAAAGGUACAGAGACCCAGUAAAAAAGCCGGUAUUUUCUUUAUUCUUUAUAUGUCUCCCUGCAAAUUUCGAAUCAAUAAAUGUCAAAAUUAUGUCACAUAUGUGUACAGAGGUAAAAUGCAUUAAUUGAUCAAAACUUCUACGUUCUUAAAGAAGCAUAAAUUCUAGUUCAACACUCAUGUACAGACAGGAUUAGUAUUUAUAUCGGCUUGUAAAAGUGAAACUC